GACGUGAGCGCGCAGCAAUUCGCGCCAGCGAUGAUGACAGCAGACGACAAUUUACUUGAUACGCAUCAUAUCACAUUAAAAUUUCACACAAUUUUUUAUUAAAUUACAUAUCAUUCUACUAUCAUAUCAAUGCUAUAAAUGAAAAAAAUAUAAUUAUAUAUAAAUAAAAUAUAUCUUUAAUGGUUAAAAUUUAAUGAAUUCUUUGUGAAAGUAUUAAGUGUUAAAAAAAAGCGCACAACAUGGAAGUAUUAGAUCCUAGUAUCUCGAGAGAUGAUCAGCCUUUGUGUGUUAAUGAUUUUUUGGAAAAAGUUACUAUACCAGAUAUUCCACCUGAUACAAAAUCAUGCAUAAAAGCAAGGCAUACAUUAGGUUUUUUAGGAUUUCUAGGAUUUGCACUUGUGUAUGCCAUGAGAGUGAAUUUAUCUGUGGCUAUUGUUUCAAUGGUUAAUCAAACAGCAGUACCACAUAGUGAUGAUAAUGAUACCACAGAUGUUUGUCCUAAAGAAAAACCAAUUAAUGGAACAUUUAUACCAAGUGCAGGAGAAUUUAAUUGGGAUGAAAAAAUACAAGGUAUUAUAUUGGGUGCUUUUUUCAUUGGUUAUGUAACUACAAAUGUUCCUGGUGGUAGAAUGGCAGAAAAAUUUGGUGGAAAACUCAUAUAUGGAUUAGGAGUAUUUCUGACUGCUGUAUUGACUGUAAUUAGUCCUUUUGCAGCUUAUUUAGGAUUGAUACCAUUCUUAGCUGUACGGGUAGCAGAAGGAUUUACAGAGGGUGUUACAUUCCCUGCAAUGCAUAGCAUGUUAGCACUCUGGGUACCUCCUUUAGAAAGAAGCAAAUUUGCUGCUGUAGUAUAUGCAGGUGCAAAUUUUGGAACUGUCAUAUCUUUACCAGUAAGUGGAUGGCUUUGUUCAUUAGAAUUUUGGGGUGGAUGGCCUCUUGCAUUUUAUUUAUUUGGAGGGCUUGGUAUUAUAUGGUACGCGUUUUGGCUAAUUUUUGUGUUUGAUACACCUGCACAACAUACAAAAAUUGAUCCUUUAGAAAGAGCAUAUAUUGAAGCUACUGUAGAAAAAAAAGAGGAAAAUGAUACAGGAGUUCCUUGGUUAUCAAUAUUUACAUCAUUGCCCAUGUGGGCUAUAGCUAUUACACAAUGUGGACAAUCAUGGGCGUUUUAUACACUUUUGACAGAAUUACCAACAUAUAUGGAUAAAAUUUUGCAUUUCGAUGUACAACAGGAUGCAUUCUUUUCAGCACUGCCUUAUUUAAGUUCUUGGUUAGUCGGUCUCGGUAUUUCAAGUUUCGCAGAUGCUCUCCUUGCCCGUCAGAUUUUAUCUCCUUUAACAUCGUUCAAGUUAUGGAACACAGUGGCUUCAUUAGGACCCAGUCUCAGUUUUAUUGGUGCUAUUUGGGCUGAAUGUGAUCGUAUGAUGGUUAUGAUGAUGCUUGCUGGAUUAGGAUCUUUACAAGGUGCAGUUUAUGCAGGAAAUCAAAUGAAUCAUAUUGCAUUAGCACCUCGAUUUGCGGGAACUCUUUAUGGACUUACAAAUGCUGCUGCAAAUGCUUGUGGAUUUUUAGCUCCAUAUGUUAUUGGAAUGAUUGUUCAAGGACAUGAAACAUUGGCACGUUGGCAUACAGUAUUCUGGUUAGCAGCAGGAAUAAACAUGGCAACUAAUUGUUUUUAUUUAAUUUUUGCAUCUGCCACAGAACAACCAUGGAGUAGAGGUAGUAGUUGAUGACAAAAUUUCGUUACGCACGAAA